AUGGCAGGCGAGCCGCCGGCGGCCGCCCCGGGCCGGGUGGUUCUGGUCAAGAAGAUCAUCAUGAAGGACGGAGCUGCGCUCCAGCAGGGGAUCGGCAGGCCCAGCGUUUACCACGCAGUGGUGGUGAUCUUCCUGGAGUUCUUCGCCUGGGGUCUGCUCACCACGCCCAUGCUAACCGUUUUACAUGAAACGUUUCCCCAGCACACGUUCCUGAUGAAUGGACUCAUUCAGGGAGUGAAGGGUCUGCUGUCCUUCAUGUCGGCUCCUCUGAUUGGUGCGUUGUCGGACGUCUGGGGCCGGCGGUCCUUCCUGUUGGUCACCGUCUUCUUCACCUGCGCUCCGAUUCCUCUGAUGAGGCUCAGCCCCUGGUGGUACUUCGCCAUGAUCUCCAUGUCCGGAGCUUUUUCCGUCACCUUCUCGGUCAUCUUCGCCUACGUCGCCGAUGUGACGGACGAAAGGGAGAGGAGUACAGCGUACGGUCUGGUUUCGGCCACCUUCGCGGCCAGCCUGGUGACGAGUCCGGCCAUCGGCGCCUACCUGUCGGCUUGGUACGGAGACAACCUGGUGGUUCUGGUGGCCACGCUGAUCGCUCUGGCCGACAUCUGCUUCAUCCUGCUGGCUGUUCCCGAGUCGCUGCCGGACAAGAUGAGGCUCAACACCUGGGGGGCGCCGAUAUCCUGGGAGCAGGCCGACCCCUUUGCUUCUCUGAGGAAGGUUGGUCAGGACUCCACAGUCUUACUGAUCUGCAUCACCGUGUUCCUGUCGUACCUGCCUGAGGCCGGACAGUACUCCAGCUUCUUCCUCUACCUGCGACAGGUCAUAAACUUCUCCUCCACAACCAUCGCUGUGUUUAUAGGCGUGGUGGGCAUUCUGUCUAUCGUAGCACAGACUCUCUUCCUCACUCUGCUGAUGAGAACUCUGGGUAAUAAAAACACAGUUCUGUUGGGUUUGGGCUUCCAGAUCCUUCAGCUGGCCUGGUACGGCUUCGGAUCAGAGCCAUGGAUGAUGUGGGCGGCUGGUGCUGUAGCUGCGAUGUCCUCCAUCACCUUCCCGGCAGUCUCUGCUCUGGUGUCACAGUCUGCUGAUCCUGAUAAACAAGGUGUGGUCCAGGGGAUGAUCACAGGGAUCAGAGGUCUGUGCAACGGUCUGGGUCCGGCUCUGUACGGAUUCAUCUUCUUCCUCUUCAACGUCGAGCUCAACACCAUGGACCCCAUCCAGGGAGACUACAACAUCGACCCGCUGCCUCUGCACAGUCCCACUGAGCACGCUCUCAUCCCCGGUCCUCCCUUCCUGCUGGGAGCCUGCACCGUGGUGAUCGCCUUCCUCGUCGCCCUCUUCAUCCCCGAGAAGCCAUCCUGCUCGUCCUCCUCCUCCCAGCUGUCCCUCAGCGACAAGCCCCACCCGGACAGCAAGGAGUCCAUGUCCUCGCUGGCCGGCGUCCACAUCAACACGCCGCUCCCGGGCAGCGACGAGGAAAGCCCGCCGGCCGCCAGCGACGAGGACUUCGAGCCGCUGCUGCAGGACAGUAUCGUUUGA